GGCCCCGCUGAGCUUGCUGCCAGCCUCGCCUGGCCGCCUGGAUGCUGCGCGAUGCUGCGGCGGGCUGAGUCCUGAGUCCUGGCCGUAGCAGCCCGGCCGUGCGGACGGGUGUCGCUCCGAGUGUAUCUGUGUGAGCUGCGCCUCACGUGAUUCCCCGUGUGUUUUGUGUGUGUUUCUGUGCGUUUUUCCGUGUCGCGGUCAUGUUUGUGCGACGCGCGAGUGACGCGUGAGUGACACGGGAGUGUCGAAGAGAGGACGCCGUCCAGGACGUCGUCUGCUGCUUUUGCGUCGCCACGUCGCCGCGCGGGCAGAAGAGUGAGAGCAGCGCAGGACGGACAGCAUGAUCUGACCCUUCUCGGCGCCACCCUGGCCAACCCGAUGGGCCGACGCAAUGAAGCAGUCUGAUAAGCAGAUAUCAGACUCGGCCAACAACAACAGCGUCACCGUCAGCAACAACAACAGCGACGUCCUGCGCUACCUCGCCAUGCUGGAGGCGGCCUCUCUGAGCGCUCUCGGCAGCGACGCGUCUUCGCGCGGGUCGCCGUCGGGGGCCGGCGGCGGCGCGGGCGGCAGCGGGCUCCUGGGGAUGGGGCUGGCCCUGUCCCUGCAGAGCGUGCUCGUGUCCUCGCUGCAGCAGGCCGCGCUCAUGCCGCCCAACUCGCCCGCGGCCGCCGCCCUCAACCUGCAGGCCCUCGAGUCGUACCUCACGCUGCAGAGGCUCGCCGCCCCCAACGGCGGUGCAGCUGGCGCUGGCGCCCCCAGCCUCGACCUGCUGCGGCUCGCCACGGCGACGAGCCUCGGCGCCGUCAAGUCCGCCCUCACCGCCCCGGCCUGCUCGUCGCCGCCGCCCUCGCCCGCCGCGUCACCCUCGUCCUCGACCGCGGCGGCGCGGCCCGGGCGGACGGCGGGAGACCUGUCGCCGCGGUCGGCCGACGACGGUGACCUGGACGAUGUGGGCCUCGGUGAGGACGAUGAUGACGAAGAGGGGGCAAGGACUAGUCAAUUCCCCGCCUUCCCCGGCGACAACCCCUACUCGUCGCUCGUACGCCGUUCGUCGCCGACCCCGCCUCCACCCCCGUCAGUGUCGUCCUCCGCCAAGCUCCCCGUCAUCGCGUCCGCAGCGGUCAGCUCGUCCGCGAGCACGACGACCACGACGUCCACGGGGGGCGGCCGAGGGUCGCGCCCCAAGAAGCAGUUCAUCUGCAAGUUCUGCGACCGGCACUUCACCAAGUCGUACAACCUGCUGAUCCACGAGCGCACCCACACGGACGAGCGGCCGUACUCGUGCGACAUCUGCGGCAAGGCGUUCCGCCGCCAGGACCACCUCAGGGACCACAGGUACAUCCACUCCAAGGAGAAGCCGUUCAAGUGCGGCUCUUGCGGCAAGGGGUUCUGCCAGUCGCGCACCCUGGCCGUGCACAAGAUCCUGCACCUGGAGGAGUCGCCGCAUAAGUGCCCCGUGUGCAGCCGCUCCUUCAACCAGCGCUCCAACCUCAAGACCCACCUGCUGACGCACACGGACAUCAAGCCCUACCACUGCGCGUCCUGCGGCAAGGUGUUCCGCCGGAACUGCGACCUGCGCCGGCAUUCGCUCACGCACAACCUGGGGGCGGCCGCCGCGGCGCUGGGGGCGGCUGGGCUCGACAUGCUGGACGACGACAUGGACGACCUGGACGACACCGACGACAUGGACGCCGAUAUUGUGGACCCGGACGAGAUAAACCCCCUCGCCUCCACCGACACCUCGACAGCCAGGUCCGCGGCCAGGGAGGGGAUCCUAGCCGAGUGACGCUAUGCGGAGGGCGUAACGCCAUCAUCGCACGCCCGACUUUGUGCGCGACAGCUGAGGAUGUUUGAACCAUUCGCGUUGUUCCUUGCGACGAUGAGGUUAGUGUAAGUAAGCCUGCCUGUGAUGUGGCACGUUGUUUUAUUAUGGCCCUCUUGGCUUGUGUGAAUUUUGUACCUGCGACGUGCGCACAAAUGAAUACGGAAACCCCGCGACUGAAGUCCUGAAUUCCACACUUUAAAAAUGUUAUUUGUGGUUGUUUAAUCUUACGCGUCCCGCCGAAUUUCUACGAUAUCGCCGGCUUUGCGGCAUUCCUGUAAAAACGUGAUCUCAAAUGAAAUAUGACCUCGAUGUAGAAUGAUUAUGUACAUAAUUUUGUGCCUGUAUAUAAUAUGUGAUACGAUGGAUGUUAACUUUGAUUUCUGAUAAAUAUUGUACAUAGCAAUCAAGGGGAGCUUAUCUCUCGGUUAAAUGAUGAUACUUGUACAAAUCUGUUGUGUAAAAAAAUUGUGAUAAGAUUUUUAUGGUGCUUCUACACUCUUUGAGAUGAUGCAAAAAGUGAGUGUACAAUUGUAAAGUUUCUCUUUGAAAAUAGAAAAGAAAGUAUUUUUCUACGAUUCCGAAAAA